AUGGGCUCACCUCUUAACCAUGAUCAAAUGCUUGCAAUUAUAUUGUACACAGAUACAAUGGUUUACGCUGAUCUACGUUGGGAUGAGAUACUUUACUGUCAACAAAAUCCAUUCCUACCAGACGAUAAUUGGCAUCACCAAAAAUGGCCGAUAUUUGGUGCGAUAUUGGACUCAGCUAUUCGGCUGUUAGAUAAACAUGAUGAAAGCGAAAAUCGUCCUCCAACAGUAUAUCAUGGUUUAAGAGAUAUCAAAAUGGAUCAAUCCAUAUUUAACAAUCAUGGUAGAGAUAAAAGUGAUCAGCACUUCAAGUAUGGUACAUUUGUGAGUACAUCGUGGGAUAAAGAAGUAUCACUUAGUUUUAUUGGUGGAACAGGGUGUUUAUUAGUAAUCGAUACAAGUGAAAUACCCGAUAGUGGUCAACGAUUGGUUGGUGCUGAUGUAUCAUGGAUAUCCAAGUUUCCUCAGGAAAGCGUUCACUCUGUUAAUUUUUUGGAAGCAGCUGGAUUUCAUUACACACAUGUUGGCGAUACAGCUCGAUGCAAUGAUUGUCAACUAGAAGUGGCUAGUUGGACAUUGGAUAUGAAUCCGUUUUCAGUUCAUGCACAACGUAGCCCAAAUUGUAAAUUCGUUAAAUCUAUUAAAUCAUCGACUGAAGUCUUAUCCUUCACUUCGUCUCAUACAUCAACAGCUAUUAAUAUUGAUUUACCAACUACUGAUUCCAGUAAAGAAGAAGAUAUGCCUUCUAAACGUCAGAAAAUAGAAGCAACCAGCAGGAGUAUUGAGACACCUCCUUUUGUCGAAGUGGAAAUGGUGAAAAAAGUACGUCGUCAGACAUUCUCGCAUUGGCCACAUCGAACUUCACCAUCUCAAACACAAAUGAUCCAAGCUGGCUUUUUCAAUUGCAAUGUUGGCGAUCGGGUUAUCUGUAUCUAUUGUAACCUUAUUUGUCAACAAUGGACACCACAUACAGACGACCCAUGUGAAGUGCAUAAAACGCUUUCGCCUAAAUGUCCUUUUGUCGUCAAUAUGUUAAUACGCCGUGAAGCCACGCCUCCAUCAAUUAUCAAUCUGAGUUCCGUGACCAACGGAACAUCAGCAGUUGCUGGUGUUGUCGACGCAUUUCGCUCACAUGAAAUUGUGCUUGCCGCUGCUUGCAACUCAUAUUAUAUAGAAAUUCCAAAACGUCAUCAAUCAUUUGCUACAUGGCCCAACGAACCACUUCCAUCUGUUGAUGAUCUCGUUCGUGCCGGAUUCUUUUAUAACGGCACUGGAACGAUAGUUACGUGUUUCUACUGCAAUGGUUCGUUGCAGAAUUGGGGUGCGAACGAUAAUCCUAUAAUUGAGCAUGCUAGGUGGUUUCCGCAUUGUGGAUAUGCAAAGCAACUUUGCGGAGAUGAUCUAUAUCGAAAAAUUCAGGAGUCCAAACGAAGCGUACAAGAACGUACUAAACCCAAGGAACCAACCAACAAUGUUACUAGUGGUGCGCAAAAAUUGCAAAUAUCGGAUGAAAGUACAUUGUCACGCUUGGUGGCUGCUCGCCUAGAUUUACCUAUAUCGCAAAAUUUGCUUAACCAAAAUUUCAAAUUAUCAAUAAUUAAACGUUGUUGGGAGGAUCAACUUCGGUUGAAAUGUAUGUAA